UGUUGUGUGUGUGAGAGCGCGGGGGUAUAAUUGGUUGAUUAACUGAGUUAUAAUUUAUAUUGUUUGCAGUGUGAAUCAGCUGGGAUAGGCUGCAGUGCAUAUUGAUACAAAAUAUUUCUUUGUCCAGCUAUAAUUCUGCUUUCAAAGCCAGUUAACUUGACAUGAAGGAAGCAUAUUUUCUCUCAACAGUGUCGUAUCACUGAAGCUGGAAGCUUUUGAAAAGCCCAUUUGAUACAUUUUCCGGAGUCACACAAAUAAAAUGGCUUUGACAAGACCUAGUUCCAAAUCAUCACUUAUGAGUAAGAUUCAUGGCGCUAUUGCUGACAAGAUGGGACCACCGAGAUUGAUCAUUGAAAGGAGGACAAUAGAGAAGACGUAUAAGCUCAUGGAUAGAGUAGUCAAACUCUGCCAGCAUCCAAGAAUGAAUCUGAAGAACUCUCCACCUUUUUUGUUGGAUAUUCUGCCAGACACUUACACACAUUUGAAGGAGAUAUGCAGCCGCUAUGAAGAUCUGGAAGUUCUCAACAACAAUGAGUACUUCAGGGUCUUCAUUGAGAAUCUGAUGAAAAAGUGUCGCCAAGCAGAAAAGCACUUUAGGGAUGGAAAGGAGCAAAUGUAUGAUGAGAACUCUGUGUACAGGAGGAAUCUCACAAAGCUGUCUCUCGUGUUCUCACACAUGCUCUCGGAGCUGCGUGCAAUAUUCCCAGAACAUGUGUUCAUGGGUGACCAGUUCAGAGUCACAAAGAGUGAUGCAGCAGACUUCUGGAAGAUGUACUUUGGAGAAAGGACAUUGGUGCCAUGGAAGGUGUUCAAAGAGCGGCUCGAUGAGGUGCAUCCCAUCAACCCCGGGCUGGAGACAAUGGCGCUGAAAACCACCAUAGACCUCACCUGCAAUGACUACAUCUCAAACUUUGAGUUUGAUGUCUUCACCAGGCUGUUCCAGCCGUGGACCACGCUGCUGAAGAACUGGCAGAUCCUGGCCAUCACACACCCGGGAUACGUGGCCUUCCUCACCUACGACGAGGUGAAGGCCAGGCUGCUCAAUUUCAAGGACAAGCCCGGCAGCUACGUGUUCCGUCUAAGCUGCACCCGACUGGGUCAGUGGGCCAUCGGCUACGUCACCACAGACGGCAGUAUCCUCCAGACGAUCCCGCAGAACAAGAGCCUGUGUCAGGCCCUGCUGGACGGUCACCGGGAGCGGUUCUACCUGUACCCGGACGGACAGGAUGAGAACCCAGACCUGUCGUGGGCCGUACAGGCCACGCCGGAGGACCACAUCCGGGUGACGCAGGAGCAGUACGAACUGUACUGCGACAUGGGCAGCACGUUCCAGCUAUGUAAGAUCUGCGCCGAAAACGACAAGGAUAUCAAGAUCGAGCCGUGCGGACACCUGCUCUGCACACCCUGUCUGCAGUCGUGGCAGGACUCUGAGGGCCAGGGCUGCCCGUUCUGCCGAGCCGAAAUCAAGGGCACCGAACAGAUCGUCGUCGACGCUUACGACGCCAGCCGGGCGAGAGCGCGCGUGCGUCGACUGCGUCGCGACUGCCCGCUGCCACCGCCGCCGCCGCCACCCCUGCCGCCGCACCCGUCCUCACACGCCGCCUCCAACAGCCAGCAGCUCUCGUGACGGCCCGCCGCCUGCCGGCCGCGUCUCGAAACCAAAGUGUCCGCCCGGCCGCCGCACGGCGCUGGCGUCGGGCGGCCUGCCCACUUGUUAGCCUUGUUCAAUACGCUUAGUACUUACGGCGCGAUUCGCGCGGCCGGUGGAGAUGGAAGCCACGACACGGCACUGGGGAUGUAUCAGGACAGUAUGAUGGACAGCUUGGCCGUUCGGCAGUCUACUGGGGGACCCAAUGGUGGACGAACUAUUACCUACUGCCGGAUGCCAGAAAACUGGAGACAAGCGACGCUGUGGCAUAAUCUGAUCGUGGCGAGUGCGACAUUUUUCCAUAAUGAUCUGCUGUGAAGGCUCAUCAGUGUGAUCGUUGCGCUGGUUUGACGUGUGGCGUGGGCCAGGCGGUCUCGGGAUGCCUCGGCUGUCUGGUCCGUAUCCAGCCGUCUCAAUUCGUGCUGGGGGAUGACUUGAGCACCUGCUCUCGGUGUCUACGUGGUGUAUCAUGCAAGUUGUACGGCGUGGGCCUGCCCUGGCUACAGGAGUCGUGGGGUCUCGCUCGGCUACGCACUGUGCUAUAGACGGGAAUGAGGGACCGAAAUU